AUACACGGUCUCCCUGCCCAGCGGCCCUUGCACAAAGCUCUAGAAAACUGUGAAAGUGCCUUCAGCAUAAACAAUCCAGAACUCUCCCAGGACAAAUCGCUUGCCAACUGAAGGAAAGGCCUGGGGUUUACGGUUUCACUCGGAGCAAGAGGUGGAAACUUUCUGGGGGGACAAGACAGACCAGGCAUCGGUGGGUGUCACUGCAGCAAGACAAGGAUGGAUGACGAGUCGCCAGACGAGUUGCUCUUCAAAGACCACAACUUCUCCUCGGACUUACUGAGGCAGCUCAACGGCUUAAGACAACACAGGAUCCUGACGGAUGUGAGCAUCUGUGCCGGUGCCUGGGAGGUCCCCUGCCACCGCAACGUGCUGGCCUCCAGCAGCCCCUACUUUAGGGCCAUGUUCUGCAGCAACUUCAGGGAGAGCAGUGAGGCCAAAGUCCAGCUGAAGGGCAUCGACUCCCCGGUGCUGGACUGGAUCGUGGCCUACGUGUACACCGGGGAGGUGCGCAUCGCGGCCGACAACGUCCUCGCCCUGAUGGAGGCGGCCUCUCUGCUGCAGUACCCCAGGCUGUUCGAGGCCUGCUCCUCCUACCUGCAGAGCCAGCUGGCCCCCAGCAACUGCCUGGGCAUGAUCAGACUCUCGGAAAUCUUGAGUUGCCAGACCCUCAAGGAGAAAGCCAGGGAGGUGGCCCUGGCGUGUUUCCCGGAGGUGGCCACCUCCACUGACCUGAAGGAGCUGUGCGCCUUGGAGUUGAGAGACUACCUGGGAGAUGACGGGCUCUGCGGGGAGGAGGAGAAGGUGUUCGAGGCCCUCAUGGCUUGGGUCAAGCAUGACCUCCAGGCCCGGAAGCGAUACAUGCAGGAACUGUUCCAGCAGGUGAGGCUGCAGUACGUCCACCCGGCCUUCUUCCACCACUUCAUCGCCAACGAUGCCCUCCUGCAGUCUUCGCCAGCCUGCCAGACCAUCCUGGAGAGGGCCAGGAGGCAGAUGUUUUCUCUAUAUGGCUCCAGUGCCCCGGACUGCAAACCCCUGUGGCACGUCCCUCCAAGGAGCUCUUACCAAGACUUCCUCAUCCUCCUGGGUGGAAGGAAGGACAACCAGCAGACCACCAGGGAGGUCCUGCUCUACAGCUCACAGACUGGCCAAUGGCAGAGCCUUGCCAAGCUCCCCAUCCGGCUAUACAAGGCCUCGGCUGUCACCUUGCACCGCAGCAUCUACCUGCUCGGGGGCAUGACUGUCAGCGGGGGGAAGAGUCUGGUCAGUCACAAUGUCUAUGUCUUCUCCCUGAAACUCAACCAGUGGAGGCUCGGGGAGCCCAUGCUGGUGGCCCGCUACUCCCACAGAAGCAUUGCCCAUAAGAACUUCAUCUUCUCCAUCGGGGGCCUCGGAGAAGGGCAGGAGCUCCUGAGCUCCAUGGAGAGGUACGACAGCAUCUGCAAUGUCUGGGAGAGUAUGGCCACCAUGCCCGUGGGAGUUCUCCACCCUGCCGUUGCUGCGAAGGACCAAAGGCUCUACCUCUUUGGGGGAGAGGACAUCAUGCAGAACCCUGUACGCCUUAUCCAGGUUUAUCACAUUUCCAGAAACACGUGGUUCAAGAUGGAGACGAGGAUGAUCAAGAACGUGUGCGCCCCUGCGGUGGUGCUUGGGCAGCGGAUUGUCAUUGUGGGAGGCUACACGAGGAGGAUUCUUGCUUAUGACCCUCAGACCAACAAAUUUGCCAAAUGUGCAGACAUGAAAGACCGGAAAAUGCACCACGGGGCCACGGUGAUGGGGAACAAGCUCUAUGUGACAGGCGGGCGGCGGCUGACCACAGACUGCAACAUUGAGGACUCAGCCUCCUUUGACUGCUAUGACCCUGAGUCAGACACCUGGACAUCCCAGGGACAGCUGCCUCACAAACUCUUCGACCAUGCCUGCCUCACCCUCCAGUGCAUACCCCACAUGACCACCCAUUCGUGAAGUCCACAGGGAACCUUAGUUGAGAUGCUUUCUGUUGCAAAGGACAGAAACCCAGCUCCAAAGAGCCUAACCCUACGGGGAUGCAGGGACGGACCCCUCUCAGGACUGAAGGCACCAAGGCCUGGGGGCCUGGAGUCAGGCCUAUGGCCAGAAGUCUCUCCUCCCCCAGCCUUUCCCGCUGUCUCCACCUUGUCUCUACUAGGUCUCCUUCCUCGAGCUUCUGCAUCCACACAGCAUGAGGAUUACCAGUGACAAUUGAUAAACUCUAACUCACCAUCUCUAGCUUUGCAUCUUCAUUGUACCAUGAUCCACAUAUUAAUCUUAAAAAAAAAAAAAGGUGCUGGCAGGCCCUUUUUGAAUCCCAUGCCUGCCUCUUGAGACAAUCACUAUUGCCAGAAUGGUGCUACUACAUCCGCCUAGUCUUGAAUCAGGUCCCUAGGAACAGAGUGGGGUUAACUCCUGUGAUUGCCAGCCCAUCCAAGACACAUGCAAUGGGAAGGAAGGAGUUCUCCAAAGGAAGAAAUUCUGGAUAGACAAAAAGCACAUCUGGCCCAGGACACCUUUGCAAUCUGGAACAAGAGGGCUGAGAGACCCAAGAGGACCCCUGGAAGCAUUUGGUCCAGGUGGCAGCGUGAGAAAUUGGCCACGACUGUGUUUGUCUGAAUUCUAUGGAUGUCGUACAUUAAAAUUCCAGAGAAGUAUGUGCGAUUCAGUAUCUCAUGUUUGCAAAAUGAUCUCGUACUGCAGGAUAUAAAAACAGAACAAAGCUGGUUUCUGGUGCCAAAUGAUGUUUUUCUCCGGCCUCUGGGGAGCUGUAAACCUGCAGAAUUAAUCUGGGUUUUCAUUUUAGUAAAUGCUAUGAGAAUUGCUCUUCCAGGGAAAGCCAACAAAUUCCUUCAGCGAUUCCAGGAAACAUUACCCUCCAGAAGCCAGGGCUGACGAGCCCUGCAGCCCCUUUAUCUUGAAGCACCUCCCACCCCAGCUCAGGCUCCAGUUGAAGAACAAGCUGAAGCUGAGAACAGCGGCUCUGCACGCUGCCAGCUCCUCACCACCACCUGGGGAGAUGUGUGGAACCAGGACGAGCACCCUUCAAGAGAGAUGGAUGGGGAUUCAGCUAGCUGGGGCCCAGAACUCUGGAUUUUUUAUGUUUCCUAGAUGAGAAGGUAAAGAACCACAGUCCUGCUCAGCUGUGGGCACUGAAGACCUCGGGUUCCAUUCCCAUCCUGUCCUGGCCAGCCCUAUCCAAACCUAGCAUAGUACACAAAGGACCCUCCACCCCGUAGAAACAUCUGGAACAAGUCUUGCUGCCCUGAGCGCAGAAUGCACCGGUGCUGGGCCCUCCCUUCCCACCUAGCUCUCUCACUCUGGGUUCUGGACUUUUUCUUCCUGGUUUGUAUUUCUGUGCCUCAGCCUCUCGGGCUGAGGGUGAAGCUCUGUGUGUUCCCUGGACCACCAGCCAGUGCCUGCUGCUCGGCCUACACGCUGCCCCUGAGCUACUGGCUGGCAUCUUACCCCAGCCGGUUCUCCUCAAUCCCAUCUCUCCCUGUCUCUGCUUGGAAAGGUAACCAGUGGCCAUCAGAGUCCCCAAAUCGGCAUUUCCUGUCCUGUUGAUCAGUUGGCAGCACAUGACGUUGCUGCCCUCCCUCCAUCUUGUACGACCUCUUCCUCACCUCGGGACACCACUCACUCUUCCUCCUCCUCCCCAGAGUUCCUCCUUGUCUCCUUUUAUCCCCAACUGCUAAAUGGUGACGCACCCCAGGCCUCAGUCCCUAGAUCUGUGUAUCCACUCUCUCCCUGGCUGGCUGAGCUCCUGUGGCCCAUGGAUCUGCACACCACCCUACACCACUCACUAGCCAACUUUCUUGCAGUCCUGCUCCUCCCAGGGCUUCCCCACCCUGGGAGAGAGUGACACCUUUCCUGCACACACCACUAGAGUCCAGCCCAAGCCGCCAUCUUUUCUCAUCUGCUUUCACCUUGACUUCCUGAAUCUCUUCUCCACACAGCCACCUGUUUACCCUCCCUGUGCCCCCGGCCUUGGCGCUGGAUAUUAAACCCAGAGGCAGUUUUUCACCAUAGUCUAUCCCUAGCCUCUUUUUUUACUAUUAUUAUUUGAGACAGGGUCUCACUAGGUUGCUGAGGCUAGCCUCAAACUUGCCAUCCUCUUGCCUCAACCUCCAGAGUCUCUGGGAUUACAGGACCGUACCACCAUCAGCUGGGCUGUUUGACCAUUUAAAAACUUAAAUGUAAGUUGACAGAGUGGCACAGGAAAAAAAAGACAAAUGUAAGUUGAAAUAGGCCACCUCCCCUUUUAGAAGUCUCCUAAGCCUUCCUGGCUACUGAGCUGACCCUCAGAGACCAGCGAGGUCCCUCCACCUGGCCACCAACGCUCUGCCUUCCCUCUCUGUCUUGUCCCCCAACACAUCCUGCUCUUCUCCCUCAGCACCAGCCUUGCUGACCCUCGGGCUGGCACAUCCUGGAUAAGUCCCCACUCUCUGUUUUCACACCUCUGUCCCCUGCCUGGAAAUGCCUGCCCUAGAUAACCCACCGCACGGUCCCUCUCCCUCUCCCCAGGGGCCCGCUCUGGAUGGAGGCACCUCCAUGACCACCUCCAUCCCACCCGACAACAGGCCUCUCAGCGAGGCCCUGAAAUAGCUCUCAGAUACCUUGGGCCUUUCACUGCUGCGUCUCCAGGACGAGCCAUCUGUCUCCUGUCCAGCCUCCUAAAGGGACUCGGUGCCCCUGAUCCUUCCCUGAGCCACAGCCAGGGCCGUCUCUACACAGCACAAACCUGAGCGUGCCGUUCUUCUGCUAAAAGUGCUCCAUGGCUUCCCAGAGGCCUUUGAACCAAGUCCCCAACCCUUCAUCCAGCUCCGGGGGCCUCCUGGGCCCAGCACCCACCUCUCUCUCUGACCUCAUCUUCUGCCACCGCCCUCCCUACAGGUGUCCCCAGAGCAGCUGUCUUGUACUAUCCUAUGCCCUGCUCUCUCUUGCUUCAGGCAAGAGCAAUUGCCACUCCCUGAUAGACACCCCCCUGGACAUCACCUGCGAGGAUAUCAAUUUAGACCUCACCCACCAGAUUAAAAGUCCCUACAUCAGGGAGGCCAUCCCUGCCUCCCACCCUGGCUGGGGUCAGCUCUCCUAUUAAAAGCCCAUUGUGCCCCAUGCAUUCUCUCAAGACCCUCAUCUUAUUUGAAAUUACUUGAUCGUCUGUCCUCUGACUAGCUGCUUUUAUCUGCCCCAUUCUCCCUCCUCCACAUUCCCAAAACUGGCCUCUGGGUCUGCAUCUAUGUUGUAGAAGCUCAAUAAACAUUCAAUGAAUGAAUGAAAGAACUGGCAAAUGAAUAAAGAAGCUGAAUAUCU